AUGACACAUGAGCCUAAUAUGUUUGCUUGUGCUAGAAAGUGCUUGGAGACUACCGCACAGCUUCAACGCUCGACUGGAAAUGUAUUUCUCGGAGGACGUGACAUUGAAGAAGAAACAAUAUGGCGAUGGGAAGAGGGCGAUGAAGAUAUUCAGAAUGAUAAUCUUGUGCCGUUGGAUGAUUCAAUUAAUGACUGGAGGGAAGGUGAACCAAACAAUAUGGGAGCAGAAGAUUGUCUCAUUGUAGAGCGUGAGGGGAUAUGGAAUGACGCUAAGUGCGACAUUGAGCUACCUUUUAUUUGUGAAUAUCAUCUUUGA